AUCAAUUUCCCGUACGCCAUCUUGCGUAAGAAUCCAAAGUGACAGGAUAUGGAUUUCCAGUGACGUCACAGUAUAGAUUUUCCCAAAUUUCCAGACUUCGAAUGCAUGAAUGAAAGAUAUCGAAUACCAUUCAUAGCCGCAGUGGUGGGGCGUUCAUUGUUAAAUCGUCUGUGCGGCGCCACUUUAAACGUUCACUAAUCUCUUAUUUUCAGAUUAACCGAAAACGCGCGCGCCACCGAUCCAAUGAGGAUCCUCCUAAUUUUGCUCGCCUGCCUCAAGGCGUCCGACUCGCACCUCUUCAUAGCCGACCGGACAAUGUCUCGGAUGAUCGAGUUCACGACGGAGAGACCGUACUGCAUUUUUUUCACGGACAGAGACUUCAUACAGCACACCCUCUUAAACGCCGAGCAGCGGAAGGUGAAGAUUACCUCCUCCGAGGAGAUCGACAAGCUGGAGGAGGUGUGCAAGAAGAGAAAGCUGCAGUCGUCGUACCAGGGCGGGUUUAUCUAUCCCGGGACGAAGUGGUGCGGCCCAGGGGCCGUCGCCGAUAACUACACCGAUUUGGGCUCUCACAGUCGGGAGGACAUGUGCUGUAGGGAACACGACCACUGCCCUCACUAUAUCGAGAAGGGCGAAUGUAAACAGGGCAUUUGUAACAAGUCAUCGUUUACCAGGUCACACUGCGACUGCGACGCGAACUUCCGCCGAUGCCUGCAGAACGUCAAUUCGGAAACGGCGAACACGAUCGGCGCGAUAUUCUUCAACGUGGUCCAAGUGAUAUGCUUCAAGCAGCGGAACCCCUGCUCGGAAUUUCAGAGUAGUGAGAGAGUCGACGAGAAUGCGGUAGAGCAUGAUAAGUGUGGGAUAGAGUUUGCUGUAGUUGAACGCUACGAGCCGUCGAGAACGUUUUGCUGCAGUACGAGAGGAGAAAAACGGCUACACUAAGGAGGAGGCGGAUCGCAUCUGCUCCCAGUGGAAGUACAGACCGUCCGCCAAGUACUAUCCGCUUAUGUCGCUGCAAACACGCUAAAAAUCGCAAACGAACGAGGUUUUUGGCUCGAAAUUAUUAGCCUAAGUAGUUCGGGUUGAUAGUUAAGUCGUGUUACUUAGCUUUAACAAUUGGAACACUACAGCGAAGUAGGCCCAAUUAGAGUUAUAAAAAGAAUCCAUCCACUCGCACUUAAAAAAUGCGCUAUAGAAAUGUGAAGUCGAGAAUUUAGGUAGAUUGUACAAUCGAGCCUCACUUUUAGUCACCAAUUGAAAAAAUAGUGGGUUGUAAGUGUUGAAUAAAAAUGUGCCAAGCAGAGAG